CCAUCUUACUUCUUGGUCUGCAUUGUUUACAACAACUGAAGUUUUCUUCCGAUCUUAGCAUUUCUUGGGUUUCUCAACAGAGUCAUACUUGCAACAUGUUUGGUGCUUUUCGCUGUUCCAGUGUUACGCCAAGCAACUCGGAAUACCUUGAUCUGUCCAAGGCUGCUAUGGAGACUCGAAGGUCCCCUGUUCUUGCGUGUGAUCGGUGCAAAGCUCAGAGGGUAAAAUGCAACGGGGAUCUCUACGGCUGUGAAAGAUGUCAAGAAAGAUCCACCAACUGUACCUACCAGACGCCUUCACGAGCGCCAACCCCAGGAGUACCCUCGAAACGCCCAUCUCCGGAACUCUCAGUACCACCCGGCAAGAGACGGCGGGCAGAGAGUGAUACUGGUCGCGUAUCCCCCAUGGACUCUAAUAUCAAGGUCCAAACGCCCUUUACGCGCUCGCCUUUUGCGAAUCCCUACCAAAACUGGGAUCAAUUCUGCGAAGUGAACGUGGCCGACUACCCGGGACUGAACCUUAGCCUGGAUGCAAGAGUGCCCUGUUUACCCAUGAUGUCUUCGGGGUCGGAGUUUGAUAGUACACCCCCUUCGCAGCCAUCACCAAGCACAUCCUAUGCCAAUGCUCGGCGUCCCACCUCGUAUCUUAUGACGCCUCCCACCGCCACCACCAGUCAGGGCUCAUUCGAUUCCCGAGGACGUCUCUGCGAAUGCAUCCGAUCGCUGGCCAAUUCCCUCGAGGAGGUCGCUGGUGACAAGGAGCGCAGCAGGACCGACAACACCGAACGCAUCGAUUACUUACUCAUGUCACUACACCACGGGGUGGAAGCAUGCAAUCGCGUACUCGCAUGCACCCGCUGCACCAUCUGCACCACCAACUCGAUUCUCUUAGUGGCUGUUGUCCAGCAGCUUGCUACAAGGUCGACAGAUCUGUGUGAUCUACUCCUGGCAUUGCAGAACAAACCCAAAACUGUCAUACCAGAUGACGCGCCUGAUUUUGAAGUCGGUGGGGUUUUUGUGGGGAAGUACCAGGUUCAAAUCGAGGCCGUGUGUCGUGAGUUGGUGCAUACGGUGGCCAACAUCCAUUUCAAAGAUUUGCGUCAACUCCUGGAAUGCCUCCCUGAUCGUAUUGCCGAGGGAACCAAGGCGUUCAGGAUGAUGACUGCGGCUACUGAGGAUGCGAAGAAGGCUUAUUGUAUUCUUGAGGGGAUUAUGAUUAAGCGGGCGGCUGAGAAGAAGGCUCGUGAGAAUGCAGCUUGAGUGUCUUGGGGUUGAUAUUACAUCAAGGUGAGUGACCAGAUUCAUUAUUAUCUAGUACUUGCUAACCGCCUAGAGAUCGUUCCACAUGUCAUUCAUUUAUCCAUUCUCCUCCCUUACGGACAACAUGUUGUAACCAGCCCAGACGUCAAUCCUGUUCAUGCAUCUACAAGAUUGUCAGAAGAUUUGGAAUCGAUUGGUGUAAUGCAGAUGACUCCAAGUGUUUUUAGGUGGCGGCAUGUUGGAGAGGCUUUGACUCACUCACGUUCAUUGUAUAUAGUCGGCGUUUCUUUGACUAGUUUGCUAAUGGAGUUUGGCUGGGUCGUCUUUCACGGGGAUUCUAAUGGAACCAUCGUCACGUUUAUCGGGAUCGCCCUUGACUGGGAUUC